UUUUUUUUUUGGUCAAAUGGUAAAAAUUUGAUUAUUACGAGGCAUACGACCUCCCGUUUAGCAAAUAGCAAUGUUCAAACUGUCGAUUCACUCGCAAAAACUCAAAAAACUUUGCCCGCGCUAACAAUGGAAAACAAGAACGUAGCAAACCUCUUGCAGUUUUGCAUAGACAACACAGCCCACCUCGCCGGCAAGCUUGUUCAUGCUUACAUCUUACGCAAUGGCUUGCUCUCCAACACCUUCCUCUCUAACCGCCUCAUCGAGCUCUAUUCCAAAUGUGGCAAGCUAGGUUCUGCCCACCACGUGUUUGCUAAAAUUCCUAACAAAGAUGUAUAUUCUUGGAAUGCCAUUCUCGGUGUACACUGCAAAGCUGGUAGCUUAGGAGAUGCUCAUCAGAUAUUCGUAGAAAUGCCUGAAAGAAAUACUGUGUCCUGGAACACUCUAAUUAGUGCUUUAGUCCAGAAUGGGUAUGAACGAAAAGCCUUGAAUGUUUACGAUGUAAUGAUUUCGGAAGGAUUUCUGCCUACCCGUUUUACAUUGGCGAGUGUGUUUAGUGCAUCUGGAGCAUUGCUGGAUGCAGGGCACGGUAGAAGAUGUCAUGGCCUUGUUGUUAAGAUUGGUCUUGAGGAGAAUAUGUAUGUGGCUAAUUCUCUGUUGUGCAUGUAUGCUAAGUGUGGGCUGAUGAGAGAUGCAAUUGGAGUUUUUGGUGGCAUGCGUGAGCAUAAUGAGGUAACUUUUACAGCUAUGAUGGGCGGUUUGGCGCAGACAGAGCAAGUUUCGGAGGCAUUAGAGAUGUUUAGACUGAUGCUUAGGAAAAGAAUUCGUGUUGAUUCUGUUUCAGUGUCAAGCAUUUUGGGAGUAUGUGCCAGAGGGGCAUGUGGUGAAUCUGAUCUUUAUGAUCAAAGCGAUGGGUUUUGUUGUAAUAUAAAUGGGAAACAAGUACAUUGUCUUGCUAUUAAACUUGGAUUUGAAGGAGAUCUUCAUUUGAAUAAUUCAUUGCUUGAUAUGUAUGCAAAGAAUGGAGACAUGAAAGAUGCUGAAAAGGUUUUUGCUAAUUUACCUGAAUCAAGUGUUGUUUCUUGGAAUGUUAUGAUAGCUGGGUAUGGCCAGAAAUACCAAAGCAGGAAAGCUGUGGAAUACCUGGAAAGAAUGCAUCACUGUGGUGUUGAGCCAGAUGAGGUUACAUAUAUUAAUAUGCUUGCAGCAUGCAUCAAAUCUGGGGACAUAGAAACCGCUCGUCAAAUGUUUGAUAGCAUGUUGUUCCCAAGCCUUAGUUCAUGGAAUGCUAUACUUUCUGGUUAUUUCCAGUAUGGAAACAACAAGGAGGCAAUUAAGCUUUUUAGGGAGAUGCAGUUCCGAAACCAAAAGCCUGAUCGAACUACUCUGGCCAUUGCUCUCAGCUCCUGUGCAGGAAUGGGAUUUCUUGACCCUGGAAAACAGAUCCAUGCUACCUCAUUAAAGGUUGCACUUCAUACAGACAUAUAUGUAGCAAGUGGACUUAUUGGCAUGUAUUCAAAAUGUGGGAGGACAGAAUUGGCAAAGUAUAUAUUCUAUAAGAUGCCUGAAAUGGACAUUGUUUGUUGGAAUUCUAUGAUAGCUGGUUGUUCUCUCAAUUCACUUGAUAAGGAAGCUUUCAUUUUUUUUAAGCAGAUGCAGGAACAUGGGAUGUUUCCUACCCAGUUCACUUAUGCUACUGUUCUAAGUAGUUGUGCUAGGCUAUCUUCUUCCUUUGAAGGGAAACAGGUCCAUGCUUUGAUAAAAAAAGAUGGACAUGUAAACGAUGUCUUUGUGGGGAGUGCUCUAAUUGAUAUGUACUGCAAAUGUGGUGAUAUAGAUGAAGCUUGGCAAUUCUUCAAUAUGAUGUCCUAUAAAAAUACUGUAACAUGGAAUGAAAUGAUACAUGGGUAUGCACAAAAUGGGCGUGGAGACAAGGCCAUUGCGCUUUAUGAGGACAUGAUUCGUUUGGGUCAGAAACCCGAUGAUGUAACUUUUGUUGCUGUUUUAACUGCCUGUAGCCAUUCAGGACUGACUGAUGCUGGCAUUGAAAUAUUCAAUUCAAUGAAGCAAGUACACGGAAUCGAGCCAGUUUUGGAUCAUUACACUUGCAUUAUUGAUUCUCUGGGCCGUGCUGGUCGGUUCCAUGAAGCAGAAGUUCUUCUAGAUAAGAUUCCAUAUAAGGAUGACCCUGUCAUAUGGGAGGUUUUGCUUAGUUCUUGUAGGGUUCAUGCUAAUGUGACCCUAGCAAAAAGAGCAGCAGAUGAACUGUUCCGCUUGGACCAACGAAAUUCAGCCCCUUAUGUGCUUCUUGCCAAUAUAUAUUCUUCAUUAGGAAGAUGGGAUGAUGCUAGGGCUGUUAGAGAUCUGAUGAGUGAGAAACAGGUCACAAAAAAUCCAGGUUAUAGCUGGAUUGAACAGAAAAGUGAGAUGCAAGCAUUUACAGUAGAUGAUAAUUUUAAGGUGCUUGAUGAAGAAGUUGUCGUAAGUGAAGAAAAAUCUUGCUAUAAUGUCUAAAACAAAGUCAGAACAAGCUAAAAUGACUAUGGAUUUUUGCAGGGAGACAUUUGCUGAUGUUUUAGGGCGAAAUGACUCUUUUAAGGGUUGUUUUCAUUGCAGGAAAGAAAGUGAAGAGGGAGACUAUCAAGGUUCUAAACACCCAGCAAAUUAAAGUUUUGCAGCUGUCUUUCACUGCUGGGGUUGGAUUUUUGAACCAUCCUUAUAGGAGAACAACUAGAUCUCAGCAAGUUAGAUGCUGUCGCUGUAACAGGAUCAAAUGCAAAGAAAAGAUCAAGGAAUCUUCCUUGAAAGAGUUGGUACCUCCAUGGUGAACUGUGAAGCAAGGAAGCUGAUUGCCAAAUUACAGUUUUGAUACUCUUCUGUUAAAGGUUGUCUCCAUUGACAGAAGCUGCUCAGAGAUUGAAUUUGAAAUGGUUAUAAAGGUUGCAACUAUUGUUGGCUGCUUUCGCUGGGGCAUGGACCUAUUGGAUGAUAUGUUCUCAAAGUGCUGUUGACAGAGGAACAGUCUACUCCUUAAAGGCUAAACCAUCCUAUUCCAUAUUUUUAAAUGGCAUACCUACAAAUGAUAAUGGCUGUUCUACUAUCCAAUUUUGUGCUGCUACAAAUAAUUCCCACAAAGUUAAAGUCUGCCAACUGUGAGAGUGUGCAAAAGCAAAAGAUGUGUGAACUACAACUUCAACUCUUGGCUAGGUCAUUAAUGUUUGUAUUAGAGUAUAUUCCACAACUUGUGUUUUGAAAUUUCAGAAAUUAUCUCUUUGUUCUUCUUGUUGAAGUUUCUUGAGGUGCCAUUUCUUCUUGCAGAAAGGAAACAUGUUUUAAGAUCUGAGUAGAAGCAUGUAGUUAUAACAUAGGUUAUGUUUGUGUACAGUGCCCAGGACUCCAAACAAUGAGCAAAAGGAAGAGAAGAAAGAUGUUAUUGGGGAAGAAUUCUAAUAAAAUUCAACAAGUUCGCAGAACUGUAAAUUACA